GACAACUGUCUUUGCAGCUAAGGGUGUGUGUGUGUGCGUGUUUGCUCCAGCUGAGCCCACUGACUCAGCAGAAGGCAAGCCCCUCUCUCUUUCAAGUCAGGAUGUCAGAGGAGUGUGUUCCUGAGGGUCUAGACCUCAAAGAGCGGUGCGAGGAGGAACUUUGGGAACUGAUUAACGACAACAGACACCGGAUCUCCCUCGGAGUGCAGCCAUGCAACUUGAUCCCGUACCUGAGGCAGGCCAGGGUGCUCAGCGAGAUGGACCAGGACGAGAUCCUCUCCUGCCACAAUCUAACCAACCGCAGCAUGAGAACCAGCUAUAUGUUAGAUUUGCUGAGGACCCAGGGGAGGAAUGGCGCUGUGGCUUUGCUUGAGAGUCUGAUGAUCCAUUACCCGAUCCUGUACACCCAUGUUACUGGACAGAAACCCAGCACUGAGCCUUCAGGAUUCAGUGGCCUGAUAAAGUACUCAGAGCUGACAGAGUAUCUGGUCAGAGCUGUUACAGGGAUGCAGAAGGAGCUUCAGCAGGCACGAUGUGAGGCCGGCAGGAUGAGUGCACGCUGUGCCUCCCUGGAGUCAGAGAUUGGGCAGAUAAUGGCGCAGGAGGAGAAGUCCAGGUGCCUUCAGUCCGAGAAUGAACGCCUGCGGAGGCACCUGUUCUCUUUGCAACAUGAUGUCACUAAGCUCAAGGACGAGAAAUGUGACUUGUAUAUGCGCUACACAGCGGCCAUUGAGGAGAAGUCAGCUGUGAACAUGCGCCUCCAUGACCUCAACCUGCAGGUGUAUCAGCUGCAGACAGAGCUGCAGAAGGCAAAAAAAGAGAGUGAGUUCCAGCAGCGGCGCUCGCUUAGGCGUGCCUCUCAGCCAGCCUAUCCACGACUACAAGAGGGAGUUGGGUCUCUGCCCUGCCAGCUUGUGAAGGCUGGUCGGGACAUCCUUGCCCAGGAUCUGGCUGAGGCCAUAGACAGCCACGCGGAGCUCGCAGAGCAGCUCAGGUGUUACAGAGAGGAGAAUGAAAAGGUGUUUAAUGAAAACAAAGGGCUUCUGGAUCAGAAAGAGUGCCUGAGCCUCCAGGUGCAGCAGCUGACCCUGGACUGUAACUUGCACCAGCAGAAGAGCACUGUGAUCCAAAACCAGAUCAGGGAGCUGCAAGCGGAGAGAGACCAGGCAUACCUGUCCAGAAACGAGGCACAGUCAGUGAUUGCCCGUGUGUUGGCUGAGAAGGACACCCUAAGGUGUCAGCUGGUGGAGCUCCAGGAGCGCGUCUUUAGCCUGCAGGCCAACCAUAACUCCAGAAGACAGCAGAGCUGUGAUGAGUCUGAGGCAGAGUGGGAGAGCCCAAGAUCCAGCUUUGAAGAUUCCACAAUCAGACCGAGACGUAGACUUUGUCGUAUGGAUGCAGUCAAUCCCAUAUCAAUGAGUGCCAGCAACUCAGAGUGUGAAGAUCCUACAGCAGGAAGUGUCAGAUCAAAUAUCGCUGACCCCCCUGGUUUGGAGUCUCUGCGUAGAAGGGAAGAAGAGCUCCAUGCUGACAGCAGCUUGGAAAAAGCUGAGACUGAUUCUCUUACGGACAGCUUUGAGUUUAUUCUCCAUGUGGGGAAUGAAGAUGAGCACACGCCCAGGCUUUCCCCUGCCACUGUUUCCAGCCCUGAUGGCCUGUCAAGAACCACUCCCCCUCCUUUCCUCAUGCGAUCUCGUCCAAAAGCACUCCGCGUGAAUGCCAGAGUGCUCAGCUUCUCCUUCCAGGGGGAGGCGCUGCUCAGCCAGCUGGCCGUGGUCGGAGGCAAUAAGACCGGAGUGUUUGUUCACCAAGUGACAGAAGGCAGCGCUGCCCAUACUGUCGGCAUCAGCCCCGGGGCACAGAUAGUGGAGGUGAAGUACGAGCACAACCAGAAAGCUCUUCAGAUGGUCCUGGAGGAUUCUACUCUGGAGGAGGCUUUGUGGGCUCUUGGCCAAGUCACAGGCCUCUGUAACCUUUCCCUUCGGCACAGGCAAGACGACUAUGAGGUGCUGCUGCAGAAACUGAAGAGCAGUCAGACAUCAUCAGGAGACUCCUUUUACGUCCGUGUCAACAUGUCCUUCCCUGCCGGCCCAAACGGAUCCCUGGCCGUGUCCUGCAACGACAUCCUUCAUGUGACCAACACACGACCAAUUAACAGCGAGGACUCAUGGCACGCCAGUCAAGUUCAUCCCUGUCAGCUCCUGGCCCUCAAGAGCGGAACCGUACCAAACUAUUACAGGGCACAAAGACUUCUGAUCCGUAUUAUUGAAGAAAUGAGCUUUCAAACGAAGAAGUCUCAAAAGAAUAAGGAGAAGGCGGUGAGGAUCGUCAGCACCGGGCGACAGGGCAGGAACCCACUGUGGGUCAGUGUGGAGGAUGAGAAGACCCUAGAGUCAGGAGAUUCAUCAGCAUCUAAAACCUGCAUGUCCCUCAUGCCUUACACCCUGGUCACUCCACACUACCCACCCAUCUGCAGGCCUGUCCUGCUGCUGCCCACCGUCCUGGGCCGCAUCCUGGACAAGAAGCUGGAAGGAUGGCAGGGCUUCCAGCUCUGUGAGCCUGAGAUGCUAAACGCCAGCGAGCAUGGAGCUCGUCUGCAGAGGUCUGAGAUCCUGGAGGAGUGUGAGCAGGGAGGAAACUGCUGCUACACUCUGCAGAGUGUCAACAAAGUCAUGAAGAAGGGGAUCCACUGUGUGCUGCCGUUGGGGCUGGACUGCGUGCGUCGGCUGCACAGGGCUCAGAUCUUCCCUAUUAUCAUCUUCAUUGGCCAGUCUGCACGCAGUGCACGUAAACUGAGGGCGAAGUUGCAUCGCCACAGCCAGUCAGAGGAGCAGCUCCUCGCAUGUUCAAGGAGUGAGGAGCCCCUGUUGGACAAGCUGCCGUGUCUGUAUCACAGCGUGACUCCGGACUCCUGGUGUGACCAGGCCUCCCUGCUGACAAGCCUGCGCACCAUCAUCCGGGAGGAGCAGCAGAAGAUUGUCUGGGUGGAGCCGGACCUGUGGUGAAGCAGAGGACAGAACAGAACAUUCAGAAGACAUAGAAUUAGAAGUAUUAUCUCUCAUAGAACUCUUCUAAUAAGAAUAUUUAACAAUUGUGUAAAAAAGCUUUACAGGAAAAUAUUUUUCUGAACAUGUGUACGUAUCUAUGAUACCUAUGAGUUACUUGGUGUAAGAAGGACUCUUUACUUUUUUACUGUAUGUUUGAAAGGUGUUCACACCUCGUGAAGUAUAGGGUUGUAGGAUGUUGAACUUCAGUCUUAAAAAGAGAAGAUCCUACACUCUACUCUUGCUCAGUAUACAAGAGGCAUUCAUUUAAAACAAAUACUGGUAUGUGGUGCCCACUAAAAACACAAACAUCAUUAAAACAUGCUAAUGACCUCUGCAAUAUGUUUCAGAUAUUGUACUUUAAAAAACUCCCUCCAAUAACCAUUCUCUUUUUCAUCUCUGGAUCUUUUCUGUAAACAUUCUUAAUGACGUUACAGUGGCCACUUUCUCAUUUCUCAGAAUAGUGAGUGGAGUCUGUAAUGGAGAAUAUUUUGAUCAGUUCUGUUUGAAAUGUUUCCAGCACACAUUGUUUGGAAAUUCCCAGAGCCUUGUUUAUUUUUGCACAUUUUAUAGAUGAAGAUUUAUGAUUGAAACGUGCUGUGUCUAUAACGUGUUAAAGGAGCAGUGGUGACAUGGAAAGUCCAGUGGAAUGCAGCCAACCGGCUUGUCACAGCAACAUGUGGUGCAACCCCAACAUUCCCCUCACACAGACAGGAUGGUUACGUGUCAGAUAGGCCUGAUUGGUUGUUUGAUUCACACCUGAUAAGGAUUUAAAAAAAGCAUGACUUUCACAGAUCAGAGACACAUUUAUUCAAAGGAAAAAAAAAUAAUGUAUAGUUAAUGACAUGCAAUGAUUCAAAUGUGUUACUUCAACCAACAUUUGAAUGAAAAAUAUUUACAUUCUGUAGCUUUGAUGUAUAGAUUUUUUUUCCUUUUCAUAGUGAUGACAACAAUACUGACCCUGAUAAGGUAUUUUUUUAGUCGGUACCGUGCUCACUCCAUAAAUCUGCAGCUUAUGGGCCAGUUGUGAGGAGGGCAAAAGUGUGACCAUGGCCUCCAAGAUGUGCAUGCCUUCCAGGUCUUCAUUUGAGGCACACAGUCCCUCCACCCAUGGACACCCACAACAACUG